ACCUGGUCUACUUUAUGCACCUUGAUUCCUACCCAGACCUUGGUCGUCAACCUGCCAAACUUAGUUAUCUUUCUCACUGUAUUUCACGUUUUCUUCGAUUGCCGUACGGAAAAUAAGUCAUAAUCCUGAGAAUAACAAAGGAAAAAGAAAGGAAAGUGGAAAUGGCUAUCGGUGACUAUCCGGCAGAGUACAAUCCAAAGGUCCAUGGGCCCUACGAUCCAGCCCGAUUUUACGGGAAGGCUGAUGCUCCGUUCGGUCAGGUAAAACUUGGCGAUUUGGGCGCUUGGUUUGGACGACGAGACAAAAAUCCUCGUGCCAUAGCAGGAGUUUUUAGUCGCGCUUUUUGGAGAUGGCAGCACAAGUAUAUGCAGCCGAAGCGAACGGGAAUUGCUCCGUUUUUUCAAGUCAUCGUCGGAGGAAUGGUGUUCUUCUAUACCAUUAACUAUGGAAAACUGAAGCAUCACCGUAACUACAAAUACCACUAAAUGUUGGCAAAUCGUCUGCACGAUGAUUAUCAUUACAUAAUUGCAAGGUGUUUUAUGGUACGCUUGUUUAUAACAGAAACUUUCAUUGUGUAGAAUUAUGUAACUCUUUCAUAUUCUUAUUCCAGCAGAAGAUCAUCGCUAUUAAUAGAGUGUAGUUCGGUUUGCGACAUAUAACUUGUAGUGAAGUAUAAAAAAGAAACAUUCAAUUGAUGCAAAUGAUGUAAUGAUGAAAAAUCAAUAAAUGUAUGUUUGUUUGGCAGAUCUGA